AUGGCCGGCGUCAGCUUCAGCGGCCACCGCCUGGAGCUGCUGGCGGCGUACGAGGAGGUGAUCCGCGAGGAGAGCGCGGCCGACUGGGCGCUGUACACAUAUGAGGAUGGCUCAGAUGACCUCAAGCUUGCAGCAUCAGGAGACGGGGGCUUGCAGGAACUCUCAGGCCACUUUGAAAACCAGAAGGUGAUGUACGGCUUCUGCAGCGUCAAGGACUCCCAGGCUGCGCUGCCAAAAUACGUGCUCAUCAACUGGGUUGGUGAGGAUGUGCCUGAUGCCCGAAAAUGUGCUUGUGCCAGCCACGUGGCCAAGGUGGCUGAAUUCUUCCAGGGCGUCGAUGUGAUAGUGAACGCCAGCAGCGUGGAAGACAUAGAUGCGGGCGCCAUUGGGCAGCGGCUCUCCAAUGGCCUGGCACGGCUCUCCAGCCCCGUGCUGCACCGGCUGCGGCUGCGUGAGGAUGAGAAUGCCGAGCCGGUGGGCACCACCUACCAGAAGACGGACGCCGCUGUGGAGAUGAAGCGGAUUAACCGCGAGCAGUUCUGGGAGCAGGCUAAGAAGGAGGAAGAGCUGAGGAAGGAGGAGGAGCGGAAGAAGGCCCUGGAUGAGAGACUCAGGUUUGAGCAAGAGCGGAUGGAGCAGGAGCGGCAAGAGCAGGAGGAGCGGGAACGGCGCUACAGAGAGAGGGAACAGCAGAUCGAAGAGCACAGGAGGAAACAGCAGACUCUAGAAGCUGAGGAGGCCAAGAGGCGGUUAAACGAGCAGUCUAUCUUUGGUGACCGGAGGGAGGAAGAGGAAGAGACCCAGAUGAAGAAGUCAGAAUCGGAGGUAGAGGAGGCAGCGGCCAUCAUUGCCCAGCGGCCUGACAACCCCCGGGAGUUCUUCAAGCAGCAGGAACGAGUCGCAUCGGCCUCUGUGGGCAGCUGCGAGGUGCCCUCGCCCUUCAAUCAUAGGCCAGGCAGCCACCUGGACAGUCACCGGAGGAUGGCACCCACCCCCAUCCCCACCCGCAGCCCCUCUGACUCCAGCACAGCCUCCACCCCGGUCUCUGAGCAGAUCGAGCGGGCCCUGGAUGAGGUCACGUCCUCUCAGCCUCCUCCACCACCGCCACCACCUCCACAAACCCAAGAGACCCAGGAGCCUGGCCCCGGCCUGGAGGGCGAAGGGACCAGCAAGGAGGCCAGAGCUGCAGUCCCCGAGGCCUGGGCUGGCCCCAUGGAGGAGUCCCCGCAGGCACGGGAGCCUCCCCAGGGGCAAGGCAGCCCCAUAGAGGACUUUAUGUUCAUGGGGGCCCCUGAACAGGGUGUCCUGGCUGCCCCUCUAGAGCCUGCCAUAGCCAACACCACCGCAGCCGACACCCUGGCAGCUGCUGCCAUUGAAACCGAUGACGUUGCUGCUGCUGACACCGCUGUUGCCAACACUGUCGCCCCUGCCACUGCCAGCCUCAUUGACCUAUGGCCUGACAACAGGGAUGGCGCCUCCGCACCCCCGGCUGAGCCUGGGGCUCUGACAGCACCCUCAGGUGCUGAGGUCACUCUGGCGGAGGUGUCCCUGCUGGAUGAGGGUGCUCAGGAGCCACUGCCACCAGCAGGUGAAGUCUGUGCCAGUCUCCUCAACUUUGAUGAGCUGCCUGAGCCACCAGCCACCUUCUGUGACCCAGAGGAGGAAGUAGAAGGGGAGCCGCUGGCUGCCCCCCAGGCCCUUACUCCACCCUCUGCUCUAGAGGAGCCGGAGCCCGAGCCAGAGCCGGAGCCCGAGCCCGAGCCCGAGUCCGAGCCGGAGCCCCACCUGCUGACCAAUGGCGAGACCACCCAGAAGGAGGGGACUCAGGCCAGUGAGGGGUACUUCAGCCAAUCACAGGAGGAAGAGUUUGCCCAAUCAGAAGAUCUGUGUGCAAAGGCUCCGCCUCCUGUGUUCUACAAUAAGCCUCCAGAAAUUGACAUCACCUGCUGGGAUGCAGACCCAGUCCCGGAAGAGGAGGAGGGCUUUGAGGGCGGCGAUUAG